GCGUUCCAGCGCGUGCAGCUUGCUGACCGUGGUGUACGUGGACAGAGUGUGGAUUUUAAUACUGCAUAAUGUCAAGCGAAGAAUAAUCACAGGCUCACUGCAGGAGGAAUCAUGAUUAUUCGGCUACACUGAGAGUCUUUUUGAGGCUUCGUUCGUCCGUAUUUCCACUAGACUUCCGUGCGUAAAGCCUUCUGAACCGCAGAUGGAUUAUAAUCCUUUAAUGGCUCCUCCGGUUCCGCCGCAUAAACCGACGAGCAGCCGGGCAUCGAGCUCACAGGAGCGGCUGCUGAAGUGUGUACUGCUCGGGGAUGGAGCUGUGGGCAAAACGAGCCUGGUGGUCAGCUACACGACUAACGGCUAUCCCACCAAAUACGUCCCUACAGCCUUCGACAAUUUCUCCGCGGUGGUACAAGUUGAUGGACAGCCAUUGCGACUGCAACUCUGUGACACAGCUGGACAGGAUGAGUUCGAUAAGCUGAGGCACUUCUGCUACUCCCGCACAGAUGUCCUGCUCCUCUGCUUCAGUGUGGUUAGUCCUGCUUCCUUCCAGAACGUGUUUGAGAAAUGGGUGCCCGAGAUCCGUCGGCGGUGUCCGCUCACCCCCUUCCUGCUGGUGGGCACGCAGUGCGACCUGCGCCAGGACGUCAAGGUGCUGAUCGAACUCGCCAGGCGCCGUGAACAGCCCGUACCUGAGCAGGACGCCCGCGCUCUUGCUGACAAGAUUGGCGCCGUGACAUACGUAGAGUGCUCAGCUCUGACGCAGAAAAACCUGAAAGAUGUGUUCGACGCUGCCAUCUCAGCCGGCCUGCGCCAGUCAGAGAGACGCGCCAGACGGGAACGCAAGGUUCUCAGCACAGCUGAUAAGAUGAAGAUGCUCUCCAAGGCCUGGUGGAAGAAAUAUGUGUGUAUCCAAUAACACGAGCCAAGCUCUGAGUCAUCAACGCACAUGGACAAAGUGACAAAGACUCUUGACUCAUUCAGUGCCUCAAGCAGAUGGACUGAUCAGGAGCUGUUCUCACAGGGGAGGUGUGAGAGUGCAAGUGUGUGUGUAUGGAGAGCAGUGUGUAGUCAGCGAGAUUAUUUCACCAAAGUGAGGGCUCAUAUCAGCUUCAGCUAUCAAGUCUCGGCUAUAAGCUGUUUUAAUAGUUACAGCUAUCUCUGCUACUCUGAACUGUGGCCAGUUCCAAGAAUAAGUUAACUGGGAACUGAAGAGUGCUGAACUCUUAAAAGAGAAAGAAGACAAAUUGUACAGUUCACUUUUUGUCAUACAGUACAGUUGAAAAGUUUGGAAUCACUCGGAAUAAAUUACAUUUGAUUCAUUAUUUUAUCUAAAAUAUGUAUAGAUCUAAAUAAUAGACCAGAAAGCAUUGCAGUAUUUUAAUAAUUAAUAAAUGAUGCAUAAUUGACAACAGUGAUGGAUAUCAUGGCUGGACAAUAUAGCAAAAAUAUAUUAUAUCACUAUAGUUCAAGACAUAACAAUACGGAUCGAUGUUCAAAUUUCUAAUAAAGUGUCAGAUCAGUAAGACAAAAAACCUGAUACAAAAGCAGAUUUUUCCAUUCAAGAGCAGGACUAUAUAUAUAGCGGGACUAUAUUUUUAUUUUUUUAUUUUGUUUAUUCACAUCUACGGUCAUAUCACCUUACCCUAAUGUUUAGCAUCCAGAUUUGAUCAUUGCCUUCCUAAUAGUAGAAUUUCCACAUAUCCCUAACAUUUUUGUUCUAGACACAUUUUUGGAUAAAUUUUUCUUGUUCAGUAAAUAAUUAUAAUCUUAGUUUCAUAGUGCUAACAUCGUAAACGAAUCAUUUUAUACAUGUAUCUGAGGUGAUUUCAAACUUUUGGAUGGUAGUGUACAGCAUCAAGUGCACAAUAGAUUAUAUUUAUGUCUGUUAAAUGUGUCAAUGUAUGUGAUUUUUGUUUUGUUUCGCAACGGUAUUCACUUGCUCUUCAACACUGGAUCUCAGAGCCGUUCUCAUUGUGAUUUUUUUGCUCGGUAUCACAUUAUGGAAUGCUCCUAAACUUCUUUACUGCCCAUCUUUGAGCUCAUUGCACCAUGAUGUCACUUUUACAUCUUUACUGAUUUGACAGCUGUUACUGUUGAUUGCCACCCAGUCCAGACUUCUGGGAGUGUUAAGCGCUUCUCAUGUGGCAAAACAUUGUAGCGUUAAGAAUACGUUUCGUUCCAGUCACCUCAUCAGCGAAUAUGACGGUAACUUGGUACUGAUGGGAACAUUUUCAGUUCCUCUCUGAUGUCAAAGAAAAAGUAUCAGGUGUUUUUAUUGCAUUUAUUUCAUAAUUUAUUGUUGCAGGUAUCUUCACUAGAUCUUUGAUCUUUGGAGCAGAUUUAUUUGACUAGCACAGGACUGUGUGUGGUGGUUCUGUCACCUCAGUUUUAUGGUCGUCGUGUGCAUAUAGUGCUCUUGGGUGUUUUAUUGGUUAACACACUGGCUUUAACAUUUGUCAUUGUGGAACAACAGGCUUUAAUACACACUGUGGUAGAGUGAUGUGUGACAGGCCUGAAUAUGCAGUUCCCCGGUUGCAUUUUCUCACUUUGGACUAAAUGUAAUUGUGUUGGUUAUCCGAUGAGUGGGACAUGUUUGCUUCUCAUUAUUCAGAAGCCAUUUAUUUUCUCUUUUAAACGUUUGGAGAUUAGCUAUAAACUGUAUAGCAAAGAUUUAUCAAACAGCUAAAAUGACAUUGACUGUGCUUAAUUUGUACAGUGUACGUUUCCGUGCCAUAACUUUAUCAUAGUACAUCCAUGUAGAUUUAUACAUUUUUAUAACUAUAUGUAAUUCUUUCUGUUCCUGUAUGAUCACUCCCUAUGGUACACAUCUGUUAUGGACUAUUACAGCAAAUAAACUUGCUUCUUUGACCUAAAA